AUGAGCGGUCACACUACCCAAAAUGUCGCCAACCAAGCGCCUGGCACGCCUCCGUCCGACCCUGGCCCUGGUAAUUUAGUCGGCGACGCUCGCCAUCCGCAUGCCGCUGAUGCCGCACGUCGCGCCGCACGCACCGCAAACGUCGUCGUCGGCAAGAGCUCGCGCGCAAGACCCAACAAGGGUCAGCUUGGAUGGGGCAACCUGUCGCCCGAGAUCCUCCACCUCAUCCUCGGACACGCAACGAGUGCACCAAGCUUGCCCAGCGCGAUUCCCGCUGUCGCCGAGCAUGCACCCAUUGUCAAGGCUGUCGCGCAGCGCAACCUGCUCGUCUCGAUGCGCCUCGUGUCAUCUGGCUGGUGUAAAGCAGUGGAUUCGCACCCGUUCUGGCCCACGUACCUCGCCCUCCUGCAUUCCGACUGCGAAGUCUCGGCGGCCAACCCAAGCUUCCAGCUGACGCGCCGCGCAACGGCGUCUGUCUGCGUGCCGUGCAGGUUGGCCCUCAUCAGCCGGUCGGGCAACACGGGCUCGACCGGCAGCCCAAAUCUCGUCGCGACUUUCAUCACGUGGACGACUUACACGGGGCCCGUGCCAACGUGCGAGGGGCAUCUCCAGCGAUUCUGCGCCCAUUGCCUGCGCAUUGCGGGCGAGCCCUCGGCGCCGCAGCUCGCCCUCAACUUUGCCGAUCCCGAGGACCGCGACGAGACUGGCCGCAAGCGUGGCAAGACGGCAUUCAUCAUCUGCCGCUUCUGCCGUGAACGCGCGUUCGAGCUUCCGUUGCACCGCGAGCUGAUUGAGUGCGCGCGUGGCGGUGUCUUCGCUGGCCGUGCUGCACCAUUCACUGCAGUGUCUUCGGCGGUGGAGUACAUCAACUUUGGUCGCGGCACCGCCGAGACGGCGGCGCGCCGCGCACUUGAGGAGGUCUUCCUGCACCACAACACUCGCUGGGGCGAGCUGAUCGGCAACAUGCUGUAUUUCCAGCGGGUUUUGCGCUCGCUCCGCGCCAGCUGCUUCGGCCGCGGACGGUUUGCCUUGACGGGCCCAGAGCAGGAUCUGUUCCAGCAGGCCGCAGACGCCGUGUGGGGCGUUGACAUCGACACCGACGACACGGAUUAUGCCACUUGGCUGCGCCGCUUCCGCCAUGACAUGGAGACGGGUAUCUACACGGAAGAUGAGUUGCGGCGCGACUACGAAACAACCCGCACCGGCGAGCCGUUCCUGUGGCCAAUGCUCCGCGAUCGCCUGACACGCGUCUGCCUCCAGCAAUGGGUCGUGCACCGCAUCCAGGUUGGGUUCUGGGUCAUGCCGCACGACGAAGUCGAGCAGCUCCUGACCGGCGUCGCGAGGCACGACAGCAUCGACGAGAUCGCCCGCAACGCGCGUCACCCGUCGUACGCGCCGAACGAACCCAUUCCGGUCCCGCAUCUCGAGCGCGCGCGCAUCAACUAUCGCCCGGAGCAUGCCGACCGCCUCUUCCUGCCCUCGCACAGACUGCUGAGCAUGAUGAACGAGGAGUUCUCCGAUCAAUUGGCUGGCCGCAUCGAGUCGCCGCUCUCUGAGAUUGUCGACUGGCAGAAACUGCGCUUCCCCGACUGGGACGCGGCCGAGGCGUCAUGCACGCAGACCUCCGUGCCGCAGCUGCUCGAAUGGCUCGCAAUGCCCGAGUCUUGGGUCCGUCGCGGGCUCACAAGCGCGUGGAAAAACCAAACUACGAACCCGCCUUCUGAUGCAGGUGGGGAGACCGUCGUGUCCUCGACUGGCGUUUCCCCCACGAGUGGAUCACCCCGUAUCGAGCUUGUCGAGGAGCGAGCUGAGCCCCACGGCUUUGUUGUGCAUGACGGCUGGAUCGCGAGUGACGGGGACAUUGACGACCGCGACUCGUUCCUCGACGACGAUGACAUGAUUCUCGCCGAGGAUGAGGACACAGACUCUAGCACAGCGUUAACGUCAAGUUCGGCACUCGGGAAGCGCAAGACGUCGGACGAGUCGCGCGAGCUCAGCGAGCGUCCUUCGCGUCCCCGCCUAGGAUCCGGGCAGACGUCGCAGUCGAGCGAGGUGUCGACGGUCACGACCUUGGUCACGCCGAAUGACAGUCCCGACCUCGUGCUUGCCGAGAUCCACUCGCCGGAGAACGACGAUGAAACAGACGCCGCCGAAGCGCAGAACUCGACCCCGGUCGCGGCCUCGAUCACGGGCACUAACACUGCCACGCCUGGCCAGUCGCCGACGCUGCGCAAGCGCAAGUCGCCCGACGCCGAUGCCGAGGAAGCCAAGCUGCAGCCCGCAGAGCCGGCAGGCGGGGACGGACACUGUGACAAGAAGCCGGCGGUGCAACAUGCUCAUGUCGCACCAGAGCCCAAGCCCACGCCACAGAUCAAGCACGCGUCAACGCCUGCGACCCCGUCCUCAGGCUACCAAGUCCAUCAGAUGUCCGAUUCGGACUCGACGCUGUCAUCAGAGGACUUUGACGAUUUCGAAGUGGCCCCGCGGGUGCCGAGUGCGACGAGCGAGCUUGGCCCCGCCGCCGAGGAAGUGAUCAGGCACGCGUGGUACCGCGCCUACGAACCGCUGCGCGAGUGCCGCUGCUCGAUAUGCGUGCGCGCGCGAGAGGAGGAGACGCAGCGCGUACUGAUGUUAUCUGCGUUUGGCAUGGACGCGGGUUUACGCAUCAACUAA